CGAUGAUCACAGCAUCAUCGUAACGGUAUGUGGAACCGAAACCGGACAUUUGAUGAAAUGUGGACAUUUUAAUAAUGGAUAAUCUCUACUGGCUACCCAUUUUUCUUCAUUAACCAAUUUUAUUUAGUGGAAUUUCGAUUGUUGUGGACUUUAACAAAAGAGACAUUUGCAAGUAGACGAAAUAACAAUAUGAAUUUCGAAUCCAUCUCGCGGCGUUUGCCGUUAUUGGCCUCCGUAUUAUUGGGGCUGGUGCUUCAUACAGUCCUAUCACAGACUGAAGGACCACAGAACCUAGUCUUCUUCAACGGCACAGCGACCGUCGAAACCAACACAAUAUUUUCUGCUCAAGGACAGAUAACAUUACAAUUCAGGACUUGCACUGGCGGCGAGCUUUUCUCGCAGACUAACGGUGAUCAGACAAUCGCAGUGAGCAUAAAUGAAACGGGCUCCAUCCGCAUCCGCUGGAACAGUGGUUCGGGCGUGAUGGAGACUGCCGUAGGUGAAGGGUUCAACGACAACCUCUGGACGAUCGUUGAUUUUGUGUAUGUUGGGGAGUCUGUGGUGCUGAGGGUGCGGGAUGAGGCCAUCGAGCUGGCGACGUUCAUCAAGAACCCAACGCUUCUGGAUCUGGCUUUGUCUCCGGUGAUGGUCCUUGGGACAGGCUUUACAGGAUGCAUGGAGGAGAUAGUGGGGAUCGAUUUUGCCAACGCAGUGUCCUGGUCGAACGCGAGAUGGGGAGUCUGCCCUCUUGAUCAAGACAUCGGAUGUGGACCUCAAGACCCUUGUGCCAGUCAGCCAUGUCUAAACAAUGGUGUAUGCAGCAGUGAUGGUAUCGGAUUCACCUGCCAGUGCACUUCAAGAUUCAACGGCACCACAUGUGAAAAUGAUCUAGGUGAACUUUGCAGCAACCCAUCAUUCGCUCUGGACUGCGUCAACGGUGCCUGCAUGGAGGAUGGGGAGUCCAACACCACCUUCUGCAGGUGCAACCCGGGGUACGGAGGACUGGCAUGUAACACCAGCUCCACCCUGUGCGACAGUAACCCCUGUGGUGACAGCGGCGAGUGCCAGACCAACGCCGCUGUUGAUGGAAUCAUAUGCCAUUGUUCAGCAGGUUAUGCAGGCACUCUGUGUACCUUAGAAAUCAAUGACUGUGAGGUGAAUCCAUGCUUGAACGGAGGAACCUGCCAGGACGGCAUCAACUCCUUCACAUGUGAUUGCACCGGUACAGGUUACUCAGGAACCCGCUGCGAAACCAACGAAAACGAGUGCCAGAACAGCCCUUGCCAGAACGGAGCAGGCUGCUCCGACACCAAUGGUGGGUACUACUGCACCUGCACGGCGGGGAACAUCGGGCCCAACUGCGCCGACAACCUCUGCUCGUUGACUCCAUGCGAGAACGGUGCCACAUGCUCUGUCAACGAAGGGAAUAUCACUUGCACGUGUGCUGGAGGCUUCGAGGGGGAUCGCUGCCAAACGGACAUUGACGAAUGCACUUCGCAGCCAUGCCAAAACACCGGCAUAUGUCAAGAUAAGCUCAAUGGGUUUGAGUGUUUCUGCCCUCAGGGCUACAUUGGGACUACGUGCGAGACAGAGUUAGAUGAGUGCGGUCAGCAGGAUGUCAAUUCAUGUCUGAACGGCGCAACUUGCAUGGAUCUACCCGUAGGCCACUCUUGUACUUGCGUUCCGGGCUUCACCGAUGCCGCCUGCGGGACAAAUAUUGACGAGUGUGCGAGUUCUCCGUGCUCCAACAACGCUACUUGUGUGGACGAGGUCAACCAAUUCAGAUGCGAGUGUGCACCAGGCUUCAGCGGGAUCAAGUGCGAGAUCAACAUCGACGAGUGUGCAUCGAACCCUUGCCAAAAUGGUGGAGUGUGCACGGACGAAGUGAAUGGCAAUUUUCAACCAGGGUACGUAUGUGAUUGCUCUGACACUGGGUUUGAUGGUCCUGAGUGCAACAACAACAUUGAUGACUGCGCCUCAAACCCCUGCCAAAAUGAAGGGACCUGCAUGGACGGUAUCAAGUUCUACAACUGUUCCUGUUACCUUGGCUAUGAAGGCAUUAAUUGUGGGAUUGACAUCAAUGAAUGCUCGCCGUCCCCUUGCCAAAAUGGGGCCACCUGUCUUCAGUUGUCUAAUCAGACUCUUUAUGAGCCAGGAAACCAGUAUAGUGAUUACGUUCCGGAUGUCUUCAGUUACGCCAAUGCCAGUGGUUAUGUCUGCGUCUGUCUAGAUGGGUUUGAAGGGGUGGACUGUGAGGUGGACAUUGAUGAAUGUGCUUCAGGUCCUUGCGCCAAUGGUGCAACCUGUAACGAUGGGGUGAACCGCUUUGACUGUGCAUGCGCGAAUGGUUACGAUGGAGACUUUUGUGGAAACGACAUCGAUGAAUGUGCAUCCAGCCCCUGCGCCAAUGGAGCGACUUGUCAAGAUUCCGUCGGUGCGUUUUUUUGUCGCUGUCCGGAAGGGUACGGGGAUACAAGAUGUGAUGUGGUGCUGACCGCCUGCAUUGACAAUACACAGUGCCUGAAUGAGGCAAUGUGCAACCCCUUUUUCAGAGAAGGAGCUCAUGGUUUCUCCUGCAUCUGCCCACCAGGAUACGCAGGACAGUUCUGCGCUGAGGACACAUCAGCUAGCUUCUAUGGCACUGGCCAAUAUCUUGAGUAUGCUUUUCCAUCAGCUCUCCCUUUUCAGUUCUCCUUCUCAUUUUCCACUACGAUCCCCAGUGGGCACUUGCUUCAAUCCUUCUCCUUGGGCGACUCGUUGUCAGUUGAAAUGGUGGACGGUUCUCUCUCUGUGACUUCCCGUGAGGAUGCGACGGGGGAAUCUGUGACAAUAACAGGUCUUGGUUCUGAUCUUGAUGAUGGAGAGUGGCAUGACUUUGAAAUAAAUCUUAUCGACUCUGAGUCUGAACCAGGCUUCAUUGAGGCCAAUGUUACAUCGGACAGCUGUCAGAACAACAUCUGCAGCGAAAUAGGCACCUUUAACACCCAACUCUCUGUCUUCAGCUCUGUCUAUUUUGGUCAUGUGCCUACGAAUUAUGCAGGACCUAUUACCAACAACGCCUACACUGGAUGCAUGAGGGAUGUAAAGCAGACGUCAUCAGAUGAUUUCAUCAUGGCCACAAAUCCUACUGUACACGCGGAGAGUGGCUGUUCCAGGACAUUACAGUGCGACCCUGACCCUUGCAAUGGACAAGGAGAAUGCACAGAUCUCUGGUGGACUUAUACUUGCCAAUGUCGGCUUGGAUACACUGGACCCAGUUGUGAAACAAGCUUUGUGCAGGGAACUUUCAGCUUUGAGGACACUACAAGUUACGCCAUGUUUGAGACCUCAGGAUAUCCCCUCUCCGAAUCAGAGAACACCAUCAGACUAAUAUUCCGCACCAGGGAACAGGAUGGACUUCUCCUUUACACAGGUUCAGGACAGGACUUCAUCGUACUUGCGAUAGACAACAGCUCUGUGAUUGCUGACGUGUCUUUUGAUGGUAUCACUGGAAGCCUCAGGGUAUCUGAUUCUGUCUCGGAUGGGCGGUACCAUUCUCUAGAGUUCAGCCGACAAUCCACCAACAUGACCCUCACUCUGGACUCAUCGUUGCCUCAGACGGAAGUGCUUGCAAGCAGCAGUGAGCCAUCUUUUGACCAGAUCUUUGUAGGAGGUGUAGCUGAUUUCAACGCUGGUGGCCUACCUUCAGCAGUUUCGGGCUCCAUGUACUUCAAGGGAUGUCUCUGGGACAUCAAAUACAACAACUACUCCUUGGAGUUCUUCCCCCUGGACAUUGUAGACUUUCAGAUCGACUCCAUUCCUGUUGCCACCAACUCCAAUGUGAUCAGUAUGUGCAACAGUGACAAUACUUGUGAUCCUGAACCCUGCGAAAGUGAAGGGAUCUGCAGCAUCACCUGGAAUGACUUUGAAUGUGAUUGCCCCAACGGUUAUGGAGGGAAGAACUGCUCGGAGGAAACUAUCUGCUCCGUGAACCCUUGUCCAGGGGGUGCAGACUGUCUUGACAGAGAUGAAGGAUAUGAAUGCCUUACACCAGCUACAUUCAGUGGUUCUGGAAGCAUGAUAAAGUACAACAAUAGCCUUAACACUACCAGGGAACUCAGCACCAUCACCUUCCGACUACAGACACGUAGAGAUGUGGGCUUAAUACUGCAUUCCUCCAACGACGUCCUAGGGUACUUCAUCACCAUAGACAUCCAGGAUUCCAAACUAUCCAUCAGGUUCUUCUUUGGUACCCAAGCUCGCAGUCUGGGUACCGUAUAUGAAAUCGUGCCUGAUUAUUCUGUCUCGGAUGGUGUUUAUCAUGAUGUGAGGAUUACCUUUGCAUCUCCGGAGGUCACAGUUGCGAUUGAUAACUUCAAUGUCACGGAACAAAUCACCUUCCAGGGUGGACUGAGCGACGUGGUUAAUGAUGGCAGCAGUGGGAUAGUAUACCUUGGAGGCACAGAUAUCGCCAACAACGAUUACUUUGAUGUCUACACUUCAUACGAAGGGAAUCUAGAGGAUGUGCGCAUCGGAACCUUCUUGUUGCCGUUCUUUAACCAGUCCGUCUACAACGCGACCAACGAGGAACAGUUCUAUGCCAUUGACAUCACCGAUGUCACUAUUGGUGAUGCCGGUCGCGACGUUUGCGCAUCAUCCCCUUGUCAGAAUGGCGGCAAUUGCACUGAUCAGUGGAACGCUUUUAUUUGCAUCUGCCUUCCAGGAUUUACCGGGGACUACUGCGAGACGAACAUCGACGAGUGUGACCCUGAUCCAUGUCAGUUCAGUUCAACAUGUUUUGAUUUGGUGAACGGAUACAACUGUUCCUGUGCACCUGGUUAUGAAGGCACCAACUGCGGCGUGGAUAUCGAUGAGUGCGCAUCAGAUCCCUGCCAGAAUGAAGGGGCGUGCACAAAUGGCACUGCUGAAUUCACUUGCGAUUGUCCUGCAGAGUUCACAGGGAGAAUGUGUGAAUUUAAUAUAUCUGCAACGUGCGACAACGACCCAUGCCUAAACGGUGGGACAUGUUCUGAUGUUCCCAAUCCUCCUGCUGGCUCUGACAGCUUCACGUGUGCCUGCGUCCCAGGCUACGAGGGUGCACGUUGCGCAUAUGAGACCGACUACUGCGCUUCCAGCCCGUGCCAGAACGGAGCUACGUGUGUUUCGGACAGAACGUUGUUGGCCUAUGGUUGUCAGUGCGUAACUGGCUACACUGGUAACGAUUGUCAAACAAAUAUUGAUGACUGCCAGCCUGAUUCUUGUCUCAAUGGAGCACCAUGUGUGGAUGGUGUGAAUGAGUUCAUGUGUGAUUGCUUACCAGGGUUACAGCUGGGGGAGGUCCUCUAG